UAACGGCGCAAGCACAUGGACCUAGAAGGAAAAGCAAGCAGACACAUGAAUGCUGCUGCAGACCUGACCGUACCUGACACUCCAACUGGGAAGUCUGGGAAGUUCCGCAUCCAGUGGAAAUCAGGGGUUACAGGAAACCAACCCAAAACAGUAAGUCUGGAUCCGAUCACAUUUCAGUGCCUUGAGCUUUGCAACACAACCCGCUCCCACUCGCUCGUCGGACUCGCAGAGACUCAGGUCAUGACUGACCCUCCAGUUGUCAUAUGGGAAGACGAAGUCAGGCAGCUGCUGCAUUACCGAGCGCUGCUCCCUCGUCUGGAAGAGGCCCUGGGCAAAUUCUCCAGACGGGACAGCGCAGAGGUGAUCCAGCCUGUGCGCACCACAAUUACCCUGCAGAAACACCAUGGGUUCUUGGGACUGAUGCCUUCUUACAUGGAGAAUGAUGGAAUCCUGUGCACAAAGCUUGUGUGCUUCUACAACAGGGAGGCUGGUUCCACAUUGCCAGCCACUCAAGCGACAGUGCUGCUGCUGGAUUCAGAGUAUGGGAAUGUCAAGGCUGUGAUGGAUGGAGAUGCCAUCACCAAUAUGAGGACAGCAGCAGUCUCUGCAAUUUCAGCAAAGCUGCUGAUGCGUCCAGAGGCAGAGGUGUUGGCCAUCUUGGGGACUGGCAAUCAGGCCCUGAGUCAUUACAAUGUCUUCACUGAACUGUUCUCAUUUAAAGAGGUGCGUGUGUGGAGCCACACGAGAGAGGGAGCGGAGAGGUUCAGGAACUCUGUCAGCGGUCCUGUGACUGCAUGCGUCUCAGUGGAGGAGGCGGUGAGGGGAGCGGACGCCAUAGUGACAGUAACUAGGUGUACUGAGCCAGUGCUGUUUGGUCAGUGGGUCAAACCAGGAGCCCACGUGGCAGCGGUGGGAGCAUGUCGGCCAAACUGGCGGGAGCUGGACGACGUGUUGAUGAAGGAGGCCGUGGUGUACGUCGACAGCAGAGAGGGAGCGAUGGCCGAGUCCGGAGACGUCAUCCGCUCUGGGGCGGAGGUGUUUGCAGAGCUUGGAGAUGUUAUUAAUGGGACAAAACCUGCUCACAGAGGGAAGACGACUGUGUUCAAAUCCCUUGGAAUGGCCGUUGAAGAUGCAGUGUCUGCUAAGCUGGUAUUCGACCAAUGGAAAUCCAGAAACAGCCAUACAUGAAGUGGCCUAUUUCAGUCCUUUGGGUUUGACCCCUGCGUCACACGAGUUGUAUAUUUAAGUCUGAAUAGACUAGUUGAUCAAUAAUUUAGUCAAUCAACAGAAAACCAAUCACCUUUCCCACCACACCAUCCAGUAACCGUUCACAUUUUUCUAAGCAAUUCACCGUGGCCACAAUGACAAAGCUAACAUGCUUAUGAUUAACGGGUAUGAUGUUAACAUGUUCACCAGCUUAGUUCAGUUGGUUAUAAAGGUAUAUGCAAAUUUUAAACAUUGAUUUUUCCAUUUAGAGUAGAUUAAUGGCAUCCUCAGCUAAAUACGUAUAACCUUUUAUUUGUUAACAUUUUGUAAAUCAUUUGUUGCAAGCUUAAAUGUCAUUGCGCUUAACUGUUAUGAGUUUGGACAGAAGAUGGAGUUUUUUUCAAAGGAUUUAUUUGCUUAAAAAAAAAAAAUCAGCAUAUAACUAUAUGAAAAGUUUGCACUUCCUCUGUGCCAUUGAAACACUGAUACAAUGACUCCAGAUUUAGAGUGGUUAUGUAAUUAAAGCUACUAUACAAUUUGAUCACUGCUCGUUUCAAAAUUAAAUUCACCUGCUGAACAGUUA